GUUCCGUGAACUUCGCACCUGACACCUUCAGCUGAUUCCGAUGGACAGAGUACUUCAGAUGUGAAUAAAAUGUCUCCAAAACGCGUCAAAUUCAAGCGCAAAUCAAAUCAUAAAAAGAAGAACAAAUCUAAAAUAGUUUCUACUAACAACGAUCAACCAGCUAAGGAAGAAAUCAAGGUUCAAGACGAGCCGCUUGUGCUGAACUCAUCGACGAGCGUAAACAAGAAAAAGAAGUCCGCCAAACAAGCGCGCAUCGCUUUUCUGCCAGAGAAAUACCAACCGCUGGUUGAGGAUGAUAUUGUUGACCAACCACGAGAUGACAAUACCAAGAAAAAACAAGACAAAGCUAAAAAGUUAAGAAAAAAUAUGGGGAAAGCUCUUCGUUACAGCUGGAAGUGUCUGGUGGUUGGAUUGCAGAAUCUGAGCACAGCCUAUUCUAUGCCGUUGGGUGCUGGUGCCACAAUAGUGUCAGACAUCCACAGAGCCAGAGCUCACGUCUAACAUGUGACUCGAGACGAGCCGGUUACAUCAUGAGUACAACAGUAGUUUCUCCAUUUUUACUACAGCCACUUAUCAGUGAUAUGGAACUCUGAUUGGAAGUGCAAUAAGUGUAUUUUUAUUUAUGUGCCACUGUUGUCAAGAGAGAAUGGCAUGGAGGAGACUAAAUUUAUGUGAUAAUUUGCCUUUGACAAGAAAAUAUUAAGUAGCAGAAGAUGCUGUGAUGGACUGUGACUAACACACAUUCUUCUGGUAAUGCACAAGAACUGUAUGGUUCUUCAAAAUUUCUUCUUUUUUUUUUACUCAAGUUUUACUUCAACUUUACAGGUUUAGAUCAAACAUGUUUUUAAUUUUAGUCUUUGAUAUGAUGGGUAAAGUUAGUAGAAUAAUGUUACUGUGGAUGUUAUGCCAGUGGAGUGCCUAUAUUUAGUGUGAAGACAGACCGAGACCGAUGUAUGGUGUUGAACAGGUGGAAUGAAGUAUGUUAUCAGAAGCUGUAUUGCUUCUCAAGAUUUAAUUAUUCUUAAGAAUAUUGCGAGUACAUCAGCAGAAAUGUAAUGUGAAAGCACAGUUUGUACCAUUUUGCACUUUUUGUAAUUACACCUAUGAACAAAUUAUUUUAUUUAAACUUUGAAUUAAACAAAAAUGUUGCUAUUAAAUGUGUAAGUUAAUGUAUUCACAUUGAUGAACAAAUUAAGCAAAUGAGUUGAAUAAAAAAUUAGUUUCAAAA